AGGUGUUGUUAAUAAAGAUGCUGUUAGUUGGACUGGUAUCGUUCGGAUGUCGGAGAUCUUGCAUCCAAUCCAAUCGGAAGGAUUUUUUUGGAACUUUAAAUGGCUACAUACAUUUUGACAAAAUUAUUCUGUAUUUCUUAGUAGGAGAAAACUGGAUUGUGUUUGCAUUGUGGAUAAUUUUUGUUUGAAAGCAACAAUUUCGUGGAAUGUUUCAAAAAAAGAUGGCCGGGAAGCCGUUCCGUGCCACCUUCAUCUGGAGCAGCAUCAUUAACAACCUGCAGAAGCAGGUGGAGGUCAAGAGACGACGCCAUAACCUGAAGUCUUACCACGACUGCUUCCUGGGAUCUGAGGCCGUGGAUGUGGUGUUGGCUCACAUCAUCCAGAACAAGUUCUGUGGGGAUGAUGAGGUGCCACGUUUCAAGGCGGUGCGUCUCUGCCAGGCGCUUAUGGACUCGCGGGUGUUCGAAGCAGUGGACACCAAGGUUUUCAGUAAAGAGAAAAGGCCGGCUAAAUUUGAGGACAGCAGCUGCAGUUUGUACAGGUUCCUGAAUACAAGUGCUAGCAAGGAUAUGAUCGAACACACCUAUGAAUCUGCCUGCAUUAACACGACUGUGCCACAGAAAAGGGACGAGGAACAUGAGUAUUCAAACACCUCACCAGUCAAAACAGAUAAAUCUUUGGAGGACGUUUUAGGGAACCUGAACUCAAACACAACCAUCACACCCCAGCUGAUGAAUCUGGGUCUGUCACAGGAGCUGGUGGAUGAGGUUUGGCAGCAGCAGGCAACACUUAGAUUACUGCAGCUGAUCGAGUUGCCUUUACUGGAGAACCUUUUGGAAGGGAAAGAAAGUCCCCGCCCUCCUCUGCACGGUAUGGACAGCGACCCAGACCUUCUCUACACCAGCAACUAUGUGGACCGAGAAAUCCUCAAAGCCUUCAGUGAAGCUCAUGCCGACGCAUGGCUUUCAGCAGCUGUGGACUGUCUGGAGUUUCUUCCUGAUCAGCUGGUAGUCGAGGUGAGCCGAGGACUUGCAAAGUGUCCGGAGGAUACGGCACAAUACAAACGUCUACUGUAUAGCGUUCUGAUCCAACACUAUGGCCAGACGGACUAUCCUCCGCUGUUUAGCAACCACGUGUUCGACAUACACAGCGGCAUCUCUGAGCUUUUAGUUAAUGGAAAGCAGGAGCAAGCUCUGGAGGCCCUGCAGCUCUGUCUAAAACUCCAGGACUCCCGGAGUAGAGAGGAACUCCGCAGACUUCUCCGCUUCAUGGCUUUUGCAGCACAACCAAAUGACAUCAAAUUACACAAAGAGAUAGAGAACAGGAUGGCCGUGAAGAGAGCUUUCUCCACUGCUAUUGUUUACAGCACCAGGCUUGCCAAAGGAAAAGUGGAUCUUCUGGUGCUUUUUAUGAUAGACAAUCACUUGGAUCUUUUCAAGAUUCCUGUAUCGUUACACAAGCUUGUUAGUGAUAAACUAGCAAGCAUCAUCAGGGGCAAAGAUCCUGAUGUUGUUACAGGUCCAUCUUACUGUAGACGUCUUUCAAGGGUCAGUUACACGCAAACAGUACAGAAAACCACUAAAGAGGAGCUUUACGCUUUACUUCGAACCAUUCAUGAGAACCCCAAACUUUCUGUAAAAGAAAAGCGCCGACUGCUCGGACAGUUCUACAGAGGACAUCCUGAGAUAUUCGUGCAAUACUUCGGCAACCAGCUAUCCAGUGCUAAUCUAUAACACAUCGCUUUACUGGAAUGCACAAGAUUGUAUAAACGGAUAUGUAAAUUCUGUACAAUGUGUUGUGAAUAUUGUAAAAAUAAUAUAUAUAUGUAUAUUUGUAAAUGUUAUUUACUUUUUUAAUGCAUGAGUAAACUAAGGUCAGAGUGUGACAUCAUGCAUACAUAAUGCCUGUAUUAAAAUGGUCAGUUAUAUUAAUCAGGCUUUUUCCCGACUUGUAAUGAUAAACGGUUGUGUCCUGAUGUAACUGUUCUCAAAUUAUGUGACUCUCAUAGGCAUUUGUCUUUUUUUUUUUUUUUUUUAAUAAAUAGGCUUUCAUACUGA